AAGGAGCAGUGGGCCCAGUCCUGCCACGGGGAAUCCAUUAUUCUGCAUCAUCAUCCACAACUGACUAGCACGAUCUGCACCAGGAACACUAUCGCACCCGCUGACAUAGUCUUCAUUUUGCUCCACACAGACUAAGAUGUAUAGCUAGAGGCAGUCCUUCCAGAUUUGUAACUGUAGCUCCUUUUCUGAAAGGCUUACAGCUAUAUACAAGCUGAAGCAGGUUAUAUGUGGUUU